CCCUUCGAGUACAUGGUCCUGCUGACGAUCAUCGCCAACUGCGUGGUCCUAGCAAUGGAGGAACAUCUUCCAGACAAUGACAAAACCCCCUUGACCCUUGAACUGGAAAAAACAGAAGUGAUAUUUUUAGCGAUUUUCUGCUUGGAAGCCGGCUUCAAAAUCAUCGCACUCGGAUUUGUAAUGCACGAAGACUCAUACUUGAGGAGUGGAUGGAAUGUUAUGGAUUUCAUUGUUGUAGUUACUGGCUUCAUCACAUUAUUUGCGAGUCGCGGUGGAAGUAGCGGCUUCGACUUGCGGACGCUGAGAGCCGUCAGAGUGCUGAGGCCCUUAAAAUUAGUAUCAGGAGUCCCAAGUCUUCAAGUCGUCUUGAAAUCCAUCCUGAAAGCUAUGGCACCUCUCUUGCAGAUCGCUCUUCUCGUCUUCUUCGCCAUCCUCAUCUUUGCCAUUAUCGGAUUGGAAUUUUUUUCCGGGAUCUUUCAUUCAUCCUGUCGAUACGUGGAUACGGAUGAAUUGUACCUGGAAGAGGGCAUGGAUGAACCAACACCUUGCGUUACGACGAAAAAUUUAAUUCUAAAUGGAGGAUACCAGUGCCCAAAAGAAAAUGUUUACUGCAAGGAAGAUUCAUGGCAAGGUCCCAAAUAUGGAAUUGUAAGUUUCGACAACAUCAUCUACGCCAUGCUAACUGUCUUUCAAUGCGUCACUAUGGAGGGCUGGACCAAUGUUCUCUACCUGACGAAUGACGCUCUCGGUAGCACCUUUCCCUGGUUAUAUUAUGUUUCCUUGAUCGUGAUUGGUUCAUUCUUCAUGCUCAAUCUAGUAUUGGGUGUUCUCAGUGGAGAAUUCGCGAAAGAGAGAGAGAGAGUGGAAAACCGGCAGUCGUUUUUGAAACUUCGAAAGCAGCAAGUCAUCGAUAGGCAGGCCGAGGCAUACAUGGAGUGGAUCUCAAGAGCCGAGGAGGCGAUACUUAAUGAAGAAGAGCAGAACGCAUGCGAAGACGACGACGACGAUGAUGUGGGCGAUGAUGAUGACGAUAAUGGUAAGAGGAAUCUAUCAAUUACAAAAAGAUUCGGACGAAGUUUGGCCAGGUUGAUGAAGAUGCAGAAGCGCUUCAAAUUCAAGGUAAGGAGUGCCGUCAAAUCCCAGGUUUUCUAUUGGCUGAUCAUCAUUCUUGUUUUUUUCAACACGCUCUUCAUCGCAGUCGAGCAUUACAACCAGCCAGAAUACCUGACAACUUUUCUAUACUACGCCGAAUUGAUAUUCUUAGUUCUGUUCGUGAUCGAGAUGCUCUUAAAGAUGUACGGUGUAGGAGUGAAUGUUUAUUUUCAAUCGUCAUUCAAUAUCUUCGAUUGUCUGGUCAUAGCAGGAAGUAUUUUGGAAGUAAUAUACACACACGUCAAUACAGACAACUCGUUCGGUAUCAGCAUCCUAAGAGCCAUGAGGCUCCUGAGAAUUUUCAAAGUUACUAGGUACUGGUCAUCACUUAGAAACUUGGUCAUCUCCCUACUGAACAGCAUGAGGUCCAUUGUUUCUCUACUCUUCCUUCUCUUCCUCUUCAUCAUCAUAUUCGCUCUCCUUGGCAUGCAAUUAUUCGGAGGAGAAUGGAAUUUUGAAACCGGUAGACCGUCUUGUCAUUUUGAUAACUUUUCCGUGGCGUUGUUAACAGUUUUUCAAAUAUUGACGGGUGAGGAUUGGAACGAGGUGAUGUUUUACGCCAUUCAAUCCCAGGGUGGGGUCAAUGAUAGCGGCAUGUUCUACUCACUCUACUUCAUCAUACUAGUCCUCUUUGGAAAUUACACCUUGUUGAACGUCUUUCUCGCCAUUGCGGUUGACAAUUUGGCAAACGCUCAAGAACUCACAGCUGCAGAAGAAGAACAAGCUUUGGAAGAGCAGGUUAGUAGGAUGCAAGCGGAGUUGAACGGGAAGGGAUCUCCAUCUUUGCUACUGCAGCCUGCCAGAUCAAAAUCCGACAUAGUGGGAGAUGGGGAUGACUGUGACGAGGUUGAUGGCACCAACGUUGUACUCCUUUAUUCGUCCAUGUUCAUUCUAUCCGCUGAUAACUCUUUCAGGAAAUUUUGUCACUUCGUUGUCAGUCUACGCUACUUCGACCCAUUCAUAAUGAUCAUCAUCUGUGCAUCGAGUAUUUCACUGGCCGCUGAGGACCCUGUCACUGAGAACUCCACCAAAAAUGAAUUCCUCAAUCUCUUUGAUUUCGUCUUCACGGCUGUUUUCACCAUCGAGAUGGUGUUGAAGGUGAUAACAUUGGGGGUAAUAUUGCACCCGGGCUCGUAUUGUAGAGACCCGUGGAAUAUUUUGGAUGCGGCAGUUGUCAUAUGCGCGCUAACUGCCUUUGCAUUCGCGGGUGUGCCAGGUUCAGCCGGAAAGAACCUCAACACCAUCAAAUCCUUGCGGGUACUGCGUGUGUUGAGGCCACUGAAAACUAUAAAUAGAGUGCCUAAGUUGAAGGCUGUAUUUGAUUGCGUGGUGAAUUCUCUGAAGAACGUCUUCAAUAUAAUGGUCGUUUACAUGCUCUUCCAGUUCAUAUUUGCAGUCAUGGCCGUGCAGCUCUUCAAAGGAAAAUUCUUCUACUGUAACGAUGAUUCCAAAGAUAAUAAGCCGGAUUGUAGAGGAAAUUACUUUGAGUACGAGAGCAGAAACGGAGUUUACGUGGCCACUGUAAACCAGCGGAAAUGGAAGCAGUGGGAUUUCCAUUAUGAUAAUGUUGCCAGCGCCAUGUUGACCCUCUUCGCUGUUCAGACUGGAGAGGGCUGGCCUCUAGUCUUGCGGCAUAGUGUAGAUAUAACCCGUGAGAACAGAGGACCUCAGCCGGGCAAUCACAUGGAACUUGCAUUGUUCUACAUAGUCUAUUUCAUCGUGUUUCCAUUCUUCUUCAUCAAUAUCUUUGUCGCUCUGAUCAUCAUAACGUUUCAAGAGCAAGGCGAACACGAGUUGGAAGAUCAAGAAAUGGACAAGAACCAAAAACAGUGCAUAGAUUUCGUGAUGAACGCCAAGCCAACUAGUAGGUACAUGCCAUCACAGAAAUGUGGUCUGCGCUACAAAGUGUGGCAGCUGGUCGUGUCGCCACCAUUCGAGUACUUCAUCAUGUCUAUGAUCGCUUUCAACACUCUACUCCUUAUGAUGAAGUUCGGCACGGCGGAAACCUCACUGACGUACACAAACGUCCUCACAAACAUGAACAUGUUCCUCACCAUCCUAUUCUUCGUCGAGGCCAUUCUAAAGAUCAUCGCCUUCUUACCAAGGAACUACUUCCGGGAGAUGUGGAACAUUUUCGACUUCGUGACAGUGCUGGGCAGUUCGGCUGAUGUCCUAUUCACAGAAUUCGGCAAAGGCAUUCACGAUUCUACAUCCGGCUCAUUCAACAUAGGCUUUUUGAGAUUGUUCAGAGCCGCAAGGUUGAUUAAAUUACUGAGACAAGGAUACACUAUCAGGAUACUACUAUGGACUUUCAUUCAAUCAUUCAAAGCCUUGCCCUACGUCAUAUUAUUGAUUGCAAUGCUCUUCUUCAUCUACGCUAUCAUCGGCAUGCAGAUUUUCGGUAACAUCGCCUUAGAUGGCAAGACUGAUAUCAACAGACACAACAACUUCCGCAGCUUCUCUGAUGCUCUCAUGCUGCUAUUCAGGUGUGCCACGGGCGAAAACUGGCAGCAAAUAAUGCUCUCCUGCAUGCCAAACAAGACCUGCGACCCCGAAUCGACCCACGCUAACACGUCUCAGUGCGGUCUCGUCAUAGCUAUUCCCUACUUCGUUUCGUUCAUAUUCUUCUGCUCAUUUCUGAUGCUAAACUUAUUCGUGGCAGUUAUAAUGGAUAAUUUCGACUACUUGACCAGGGACUCGUCAAUCUUAGGGCCCCACCAUCUGGACGAGUUCAUAAGGGCAUGGGCCGAAUACGACCCCACCGCCUCACGACGAAUAGCGGUGUCGGAUAUGUACGAGAUGCUACGAAACAUGGAACCGCCAGUUGGGUUCGGUAGGAAAUGUCCCUAUCGACUAGCUUACCGGAAAUUGAUAAGAAUGAACAUGCCGGUUGGAGAUGAUGGUUGCGUUCACUUCACAACGACACUAUUCGCCCUUAUCAGGGAAUCUUUGGGGAUCAAGAUGGGUCCAGUGAGUGAGAUGAACAGAUGCGAUGAAUCACUGAAGGAGAGUAUUAGAGCUCUGUGGCCAGUCCAGUCCAACAAACUACUACACCUUCUAAUACCACCGAAC